AUGAGGAAUCUAACUGGAGAUGAUACACAAUCUACCCAAGAUGAAGAGGGCUGUGACAGUGAGUUGCUCUGCUUGAAGAUUAAAACCCAGUUGGAGGAUUUGUUCACUGACAGUCACCUGGCAGAGGACGGCUUCUUGCUGAAACAUUUGCAGAAGAACAAGCAGGGAUACGUCAGUCUCAAGCUCCUCACAUGUUUAAAAAAGAUAAAGGUCCUGACCACGAACUGGCACACAACUCUGGCAGGAGCAGAGUGCUCAGAGCUUCUGGAAGUGAACGAUGAACGCACCAAAGUGAAACGGAUAGAGCCGCUUCCCAAAUGGCUACUGUGUUCACCCACCAGCAAGUUCCUCCUCGCCCAUAACCUUUCUGAGGAGCGGACCCAAAGCCUGGAGCACCCUUCACUCUCAGAGAGGAUCCUCCAAAAGUUCACAGCUCAUGGCAACGCCACUUCACUUUGGAUCCUGAAUCCUGGCAAAGAGCUUCCCAAGGAGCUACAGUGCUACGGAAAGCGUCACAAAGAGCUAGGGCAACAGUUGUGUGCAGUAGUGAAGUUUGAUAGAUUGGAGGCAGUUCGUAAGGCCUUCAGUGUCCUGAAAGCAGAGGAGGAGAAGUCUAAUGGUGAAGGCAUGUGUGUGGAAACUUUAGGAUUUCAGUCAAUGCACCACAUCACCAAGGACGAACCAACAGAGGAAAAGAGCAAGGACCAACCUGAGGAGAUGCCUUCCCAGGAAAACUGUCACUUCAAAACUUCAGAGGAUUCAGUCCAGGACAAACUGUAUUUGUCUGUUAAGGUUUCUGAUGAGACUCUGGACAUAUCUCUGCCCCAAAAGCCUUUGGACCCCUCCAUGCAAAGACCCUUUGACCAGAUCACCACUGACUGUAAUGGCCAGUCCUUCUGUGGUUUGAAUCACAGGUACAGUAGGAUGAGCUGGUGCUCUGGAGACUGUGAGAAAGAGAGUUCUCAGAGCCCCUGGGUACUGAGGCGCAAAUUUGCAGCUGGUUCAUUAAACACUAAGGCAACCGGGCACCUAAACGUACCCUGCUUGCUACAAAGAGUGCUGCGUCAGCCCUUUGGCCCUGACGACGCAAAGGCUUUUCAGGGUGGUAGGGGGAGAGGGAAGCUGCUGCAGCAGGAAGAGCUCAAACUCUCCCCUGGAUGGAGUAAUACCACCUGUUCUGAAUAA